CUCCCUGGCAGCUGAUUAAAAUGUAAGACUUUUACCCACCAAUGAAAUUACUAACUAACUGCCGGCUUCUUUUCUAUAAUACUCAAUUACGACGCCAAAUGACGACAGAUGCUUUCAGUUGAUUGUUAUUUGUUACUUUGCCCAUCAUUGAUUCUCACUUUCUCGUUCAGUCAUGAGUUCUUCAGGAUCAGACAACGAGGAGACAAGCCCACCACAGCAAUUCACAAGGCAAAACAGAUUCGCCUUCGCAUCGAACAUCAAAAUCAUUCCCGAAGGCGGAUGGGGCUGGGUAAUAUGUGGCGCUGCUUUCGUGGCUCAGUUAAUAGUCAUGGGGAUCCAUAACUCGUUCGGCAUUCUGUACACCACGCUGCUUGAGGAGUACCAAAAAUCCAAGGCAGAAACCGGUAUGUUAGAUUUAUACGUUGGAGUAAUGUACCUAUUUGGACCAAUCACAAGCGGGCUCAGCGAAAGAUACGGAUGUAAAGUGGUUGCAUUCCUUGGAGGCUUGCUGUGCUUCCUGGGAUUGCUCUUGACGUCAUUUGUUUCUGACUUAAGUAAGCUCUACAUGACCUACGGCGUCCUGUGGGGUAUAGGGUCGAGCUUUUGUUACUUUCCCACACUGACUGCCCCCGGGGAGUAUUUCUGUCAGCGGCUAUCCUUGGUGAAUGGCAUUGUAACAGCUGGUAAUGGAAUUGGUACGUUAACAUUCGGCCCAGUCCUCCAGUACAUCCUUCAGCGUUACGGCCUGGCCAUCUCGCUGCGCAUACUCAGUGGAGUGACACUGCUGCUGCUAGUAGUGGCAUUGACUUACAAGCCGUUUCGUUCGCCGCUUGAAGAAUUGUUUGAAGUUAAGCGACAACCAGCUUAA